AUGCUCGCAUUUUUUUUCAAUUUAAGAAGUAAAUCGUUCCUUCGAUCCUCAUCCGGCCCAUCGUAUCCGUAUCCACGUACGCAUACCACGCUUAUGGUAGUCCCAUCGAAUCGACCUGUGGCACCAACGGAACCGCCGACCACCAAAAAACAGUCCUCACGACGACGUCCACCACUGAACCGAUCGAUACCGCCGAUUCCGGAAUCAAAAUCGAACGAGAGCAUCAUGAGCCAGGCCUCACGCAGAUCCAACAACAACGACAAGACGGACGAUUCUCAACAAUCUGAUUGUGUGGUGAUCGAGAACCGAACUGUCAUCCAGCAGCUACAUCGAAAUCAAAAGAUUCCUCGACCGCCCACAUCAAAAAGACCUUCUGACGCGAAAGGAGGUCAAAAAUCCCAUCGUAGUUCGGAAACCACACCUCGAAGUCCGUUGAUGACCGUGGCAAGGACAGUGAAAAAUAAAUUCACCAAAUUGACGAGAAUGGGACGACACGAGCAGCACGACGUUUCGAUGAAGGGCAGUCAGAGCUUCUCAGGGAUACGACAACCAAAAGCGUCAAUUCCCAAGCGAAUCGACCAGAAUGCAAAUCGAGUCAUAAAAUCAUCGUCGAUGGAUGUCGCCACAACUAGUCAGGAAGCAUCGGCGGCACCAUCCACAUCACGACAUAUGGUAGUUAUUCCACAAAAUCCGACAAGAUUGGAAGAUUUCUCCGAAGAAACGUCACUUGCUGAACAAGUUCUUCAGAAAGAAAAUACGGAUCCGGAAAAAGCAGAGGAUGCCAACUUCCAGCUUUCCGCGCCGGAGGAUCGUCGCAGAUUUCCGGAAACGACGCAAGCGGUCUCAAUGAGCCUUGACGCCGAUGUGUUGGUCGUCACAAAAGAGCUCGACAGUACCAGCUCGGCCUCACAACGGACGGAAACGAAGCGAAUAAUUGAAGUGGAAGAAAAGACUCUGGAAAGGAUCGAAAAGGUGCCAGAAAGCGAAAAAGAGCAGACCACCCACGAAAUUAGCAACAGUAACGAUCUCUACUGUUCGUCGCCUCCCCUAAAUACUUCCGAGUGCUCUGGAUCACAUGGAUUUGCGGACGAAGGAACUUGUGAGGUCAAGGAGGAACCAGCGACCGUAGAUGUGCCGCCGUUCACGCAGGGCAACCUGAAAACACCCCAUCUUCCCAGAAAACAUCACACAUUCUUACUGGGAGAGAAAAUUCCGGACACUUCAAGUGAUUUGAAAGCUGAAAAUGUUCAGGAUGAGGUGAAAAGAGUGUUGGAGGUGGAGGAGGUGCCGGUUGAGGAAACCAGUCCCACUCCCAGAUAUGUGAUGACCGUAAAAACUCCAGAACCAAUGCGAAAACAUUUAGCAUUUUUUGUGGAUGAAAGCGACCCACAAACUGCCGUAGGCGCUAAAUCUCCUAAGAAGAAGAAAAAAAUCGUUAAGCAACGUUCGAUGCCGGAAUGCACGAGAACCGGCGUUUCUCCGGAACGAUACAUAAUGAAAAUUAAGACACCAGAGGCGCUACGUCGACAUCAUACGUUCACAAUCACUGAGAGACCUCGAAGUCCGGAUGUACCGUAUAUCGAGGAAGGAGAGAUCACUGAACCAAUCGCUACCGUUGGACCAACCGCCGAAAAACUUAAGCGAUCCCGAUCGGAGAGUGCGAAACGUUCCGGAAGAAUGGUGGAUGAGAAUAGUAAAUUGGAAAAAUUCACCAUUACCGUGAAAACGCCAUUCACAAUGAGAAAAUUCAAGACAUUUAUGGUUGAGGAGAAACCGAAGAGCUUCGAGCUUCCUCAAUCAAAAAGUGUGGAAGCUCUUGCGCAUGCAAAAGUGAGUUUUGCGGUGGAUCCCGAGGAAAUCGUCGAGAAAACGCCUACGCAAGCUGCGGCGGAGCCGGUUUCGGCAACCCCUCACGUCAAAAAGAAACAAAUUCAGAGCGGUAGUGACGAGGAGGACGUUAAAGAAAUGGAAGAGGUGGAUAAUGAACGGAAUGAGAAAUUUGUUCUGACCACUUCCACACCACUUACAAUGAGGAAAUUUCAAACAUUUAUGAUUGAGGAUAAAAACGUGGCGGAUCAACCGACAAAAUCACAUACGAUCUGUAAUAUCGAUGCGAUCGCAAGCCUGGAGAAAGAGGCUGAAGUUAACGAACCGUUGAAGACCAGUGACAUGUAUAUGUUGACGACGAUGACACCGCUACCGCAACGGAAGGAACGUCCCAAUGAAUCGCAUCUGGAACGAAUUGCACGCGAGAAAUCCAGAAGCACGUCUCGGUCACCGGAUAAAGCGUGCCUAUUUAUUAUGGGCACCAGAAAUUCCCGAACCUAUCAUCAACCCUUUGAAAAAGAGUUCGUAGUUGAACGUGAGGUGGAGAACGUGAAAUGUGCUGUGGUUCAACCGCAACGUAUUUCAACAAGCAUGGAUUCGCCGAGUAGAGAGCGCAGUCAUUCGGAUAAUGCGGAACCGAUCGAGAGGAAGGCUAGCUGUUCACCGGGUGAAAUGACCUCACCGGAAGAAGAGAUCCCGAUGGACACUCAUUUGACCCCGACCGAGGAACACGACGAGGACGCGCUUAUCAUAAGACCGAUAAGACGUCCUCCGGACGUUGCUUCACCUAUAACCGAAGAGCCGGAACUGUCAGUCUCUCUUGACGUUUGCGAAAGUUCCAAAGAAACGGCGAAAAAGGAAGAAUCCGGACCGAAGGAGAAGGAUUUCGAACCACCAAUAUUUCGCCCUCCGAGCCCACCAAAAGAAGUCUACAAACCAAUCACUUCCUCAAAAUCAACGUCACCGUUGAAACGACGAAAAGAGAGUUGUGAGAAGCAAAUCUCCACAGUCAGGAUACUGGAAGCGAAAUCGAAACCAAUUUCAAGUAUGAAGUCACGUUCCGAGGAGAGAAAAGAAAAGAAGGCUGAAGAAAAAGAAAAGGAGCGAACGAAACAACGUGAAAAACGUGAACGUGAGGAACGAGAACGUGAUAGAACGACGGACAGAGAACGAUUAUCGAAAAGUCCAAAGAUGCCGAUCACAACCAGGUCGUUACGAUCGGCUGGUAAAAUGUUGGCACCGUCGUUCUUCCGGAAAGGUGAAUCAAAAAUCCCGAAAUCUUCAAAGACGGCAUCAUCUCCUCCGGUAAUGACCGUCACAAAGCAACGAAUGUCCUUACCAUUCCGAAACGGGCGACGAGCACCGCUUGCCGAAUUCGAAUCGUUGGUGGUGGAGGAUUCGCCGGCAGUCGAAAACAAUCCAAUAAGUUUUGAGAAAUGGAGCGCUAGCCCGAGAGGGAAGAGGAGGCACUCGGCGCACGUAAACGGAUUUACGGAGCCAAUCGUUGAGGAAAGCGAUGGGAAUGGGAACGUUGGCGUUUCGAUCGUAUCCAGAGUAGAAUGUGUGAUGUCACCGGCUCUACCGCGGCAAGAACCCGAUCGUGGACUUAUUGACGACGAGAUUCUGGACCAACCGAUGCUUGUCGGUGACACUUUCUCACAUUCGGAUUCAAUAGACGGAUUGUCAGCGAUACGAAGAAUGGAAUUCGAAGCGGAAAAGGCUACACUUAUUUCAAUUGACCGUUCACUUAUAGAAGAUAGUGAAACGAUGCCACGUCGAACGUUCGACAAUGGGAAUGGCACGUCGACGACAACGCGAGCCGCGGCAGUCUUCGCUGGACCACCAAGUGGUUAUCGAAAAGCGUUAGAGGAUGGCCUCAACGAGGUUGACGAUAUUCGAAGUCAACUCGAAAAACUACAGUACUUAGUCGCACAGGAGAUGCGCUCUCCGGAUGAGACGAAAGAGGCGUUAAUUCGUGAGAACGAGGCGCUACGACGGGAAUUGCUCGAAAAAGACGAGCUGAUCUCCUCCCUUCGUCAACAAAUCGCAGCACAAAAUCAUUGA